CUUCCCUCCCCUCCUCAUUUCCAUAAUACUCCCCCACACAAUUGAACUCCCUUCUGUCCUACUACAUCAUUCCCCCCCCUCCUGCUCACAUUCCUCUUUGUGUUCCUGAACGGCGCCUUUGCCAUCUUGACUUGUGCGUGACCCAACAAACCACAUACAUUCGAACAUCGGGCCAGAUCAUCCUUCCACCUUGCGAACCGCCUCUCACUCGUACUCUCUGUACGAACUCAAAUCAACAAAGCCACCCAGUCUCCUCGUACAGAACAACCCCCGUAUUGCCUUCUGCUGCCGUGGGACUUUGUUGGACGAUCGACCUGCGCCUAACCUCAGUCCCUAGCCGCCUGCGCCUCACUUUCAACCACUUGCAUUACCUCGACUCGACUCAACUUAACUCGGCACCUUUCCCUCCUUCAUCCCUUACUCGUACUGAGGUUACCUCCUUGCUCCUUCGUUGUAACAUCUGCCAUCUCACCCCCCCGCCGAUCUUAUCAAGCUUUUCAAGCUGGCGGGCACCACUGAGCGGAGAACCUCCACGCAUGGGGGCUUUCUAAACCGCAUGUUUGGGAAGAAAGAGAAGGAUGCCGACUCGGAUUCUAUACAACCUCGCUCCAGCACCGACGGCUCUGCCAAUGUAGCAGCGUCGCCCAACAGUCCCAUUGCCAUCAAGACCAGCGACCUAUCUCCCCAGUCCGAAACCCCGGGGCGGAAGCCUACAGAAGACCCUACUUCCUCUCCCAGAGACGAACAGAAAAAGCGCAGGAGUAGUAGCGCCAAAGCGAAAGAGAUCUUCACCCAAGCCAAAAAUUCGCUCAUCCACGGAGACAAGGACGGACCUCAGACACCCAUGCAAAAGUUAUCCAAAACCGACGCCGCCCUGAGUGUGCCUCAAGGCUCACUCAACAACUCGGCCGGCGAGUCUCGUCCGACACCCAACUCGUCGUUCUUGGUCGGAGUGACCGAGGACAAGAACAAGAAAUGUCGCCGGACUAUGGAAGACACCCACUCCUACCUCUACAACUUCCUCGGCACCCCCGCACCCGUGCUGACCGACAACGCCCUCACCCAAAAGAAAUCGAUUGAAGAUCGAAAUAGCUUGACCUCGAUACCCUCGGAGCCUGCGCACCACGUGGUCGAGACCGACAAUGGCUAUUUUGCCAUCUUCGACGGCCACGCUGGCACCUUUGCCGCCGAAUGGUGCGGGAAGAAGUUACACAUCAUCUUGGAGGAUCUGAUGCGCAAACACCCCAACACACCUGUACCCGAGCUGCUCGAUCAGACUUAUACCUCGGCCGACAAUCAAUUGGAGAAACUACCCUUAAAGAACAGUGGAUGUACAGCCAUUACAGCGGUGUUGAGAUGGGAGGACCGCGUACCUACGAAUAACUCCGCGACCGGCUCUCAGGCGAUCGCGGCAUUAGCAGCGGCGGCGGCCAAAGAGGCGGAGAAGAACGAAAAGACCGAGAAAAAGGACGAAACAAACGAGGCGACACCACGCUCUAACUCGACGGCCGAAGCGGCCGCAGCAGCAAUCCAAGAAGCCAAGACCAAGGCUACACGGCAGCGAGUUUUGUAUACUGCCAAUGUUGGUGAUGCGCGAAUCGUGCUUUGUCGAAACGGCAAGGCGCUUCGCCUUUCAUACGAUCACAAGGGCAUGGAUGAGAACGAAGGCAGACGAAUCACGAAAGCCGGGGGCCUGAUCCUGAAUAACCGGGUGAAUGGGGUUUUGGCUGUCACUCGGGCACUAGGCGAUUCUUACCUCAAAGAUCUGGUCACGGGGCAUCCUUAUACGACAGAGACUGUCAUUCAGCCUGACCAAGAUGAGUUCUUAAUCCUGGCCUGCGAUGGGUUGUGGGAUGUUUGUUCUGAUCAGGAGGCCGUGGACUUGGUCCGUAACGUGCAAGAUCCUCAACAAGCCUCGAAAAUGUUGGUAGAUCAUGCGCUGGCUCGAUUCUCGACCGACAACCUGUCGGUGAUGAUUGUCCGUUUCGACUCGAACAAGUUGCAGCAAAACACCAAGAUUGGCAUCGGAGUCGAAGCAGAGGGUGACAAGGACAAGGGCGCCAUCAGCGAAGUUGAAAUGAUCGUCUCAGAAGCCCGACGUCAUUCUGGUGUAGUACAAGAAGGCGCGAUUUCCGACCAGGACUCGGAAGAGUUAAGACAAUCGGUCAUCAAAGAGGCGGAAACCGAGGAAGAAGAGCCUGGACCAGAACUGACGCCAGAAGGGAAGGGAGAGGCGGAAAAGAUCUUGGCUUCAAAAGAUCAAGAUGUCGAGAUGACGGACAAGAGUGGAUGAGGUUGAUGGAUGCGUAUACCAUGCAUUUGCAAUCCAUGAGGUUCUUUUCGAGAGGCAUCCGACAGUACAUUCGACGCGAGAAAGGGGCGAGGGUGGCACUUUCUCGGUCUUUUGAGGCACAUUCGGAUGACUAAAAUGGGGACUGAUGAUGUCGAAUUCUCUGAAGAUUACACGAGUCGUCGGCCUCUAUCGUUUGUUUAGGAUUCGGUAUUCACUUUUCAUCUCCAUAGAGGUUCAGGUCAUUGUGGGGUUUGGACACACUCGGAAGCCGAGUUGGAAUACAGAAAGUCCUGGUUACCUACAGAUGCUGGGGAGAUGAAAGUUUGGCAUGUAUGCAUCUUCUACGAGUAGCACAAGGCAAACGAAGUAGAUGGAGUGUACGAGUAUUCAUGCGGCUUUACUCGGGAGGUGUAAAUGCAGUACGGUACCUAAGUAGUUGAGAUGUGUGUGGCGCGAUCAACUGAAUGCACGGUUGAUGUCUGAAUCAAUAUCAAUUCCUUUUUCCAG